UCCCCCCAUCGGUCGGACCCGGCGCCAACAUGCAGGAAGGUACGUAUAGGUAGACGGGCCCCACUAGGGACUUUGUCUCAGCGGGGAGCACCGUGCAAAAAAAAAGUUAGUGGGGAUGAGAUCAGAUUUCUGCCAGGGGGCCAGGCACAUCAACGUGCACGUCCCUUCCUAAGGUACCGUACGUGCUUGCUUAUUCCCAAUGGCUUAUCUAAUCAGGCGCUUCCACCUCGCUUAUCUUAUCUCGUUGCCCGGUCAUCGCAGUAAACAAGGAUUGUGUCUCUUUGUCCCAUCGGCAUCGUUUGCGACCCAGACGACCCAGCUCUAGAUAUUCAACCUCGACGAAGAGCAUCAAUCACACGACAAUCGCGUGUCCCCUGAGCAGAAACAUCGCCAAUCUACUCAAUCCACGCUGGAGGGACUUCAACAACAGAGCGAAAGAUGGAUUCCGCAUUACCGCAGAAGUCGUCGGCAAACCUGUUCCAGGUAUACCUGCGCUUGAGACCGCCCCCGGCUGGCGCAGCUUCGUCCGACAGAUUCGUCGAUGUCGAAGAGUCCCACGAGGGCUCUCAUCCAACCCAUAUCACACUGAACCCUCCCAACGACCGCAAACGAUCGACAGAAAAGUUUGCCUUCACCAGAGUCUUCGAAGAAGAGGCCUCUCAGCUCGAUGUUUUCCACUGCACAGGAAUCGCCUCACUUGUUGAGGGUGUCCUGGCUCCUCAUGGUGGACAUGGUACCGAUGCUCUGAUCGCCACCCUGGGCGUCACUGGAUCAGGAAAGUCGCACACUAUUCUUGGCUCACGCUCAACACGAGGCAUGACACAACUCGCGCUCGACGUCGUCUUCAGAUCAAUUGGCUCCAACAUGUACGAUUCACCGACUUUGGAGAGAUCUCUCCAGUCUUCAGAUGCCUCGGAUGCCACCAUCAUAUCCGCACCGUGUUUCCUCGAGACUGUCUUUGCAGACUUUGGCUCGUCCCGCGGCGGAGGUUCAAGAGCGGGAACACCGAUGCUUGGUGAACACUGUCCGCCUCCAACCCCUCGACGCGCCCUGCAGCGACCCUCGGCUCUUCCCUCAGCUCCUGACAUUAGCUCCGUCAACAUGUCUUCGGACCCUGAUUCAGACUACGCCGUCGUUUUGUCCAUGUACGAGGUCUACAACGACAAAAUUUACGAUCUCCUAACCCCGCCGAUCAAAUCCAACGCUACGAAAGAGUACCGGCGUCGGCCUCUACUCUUCAAAUCAACCGAGCAGUCCUCCGAUAGGAAGGUUGUGGCUGGACUGAAGAAGAUUGCGUGUACGACCAUGAGAGAAGCUAUCAUGGUAUUGGAGGCAGGUUUACAUGAGCGUCAGGUUGCUGGAACAGGCAGCAAUAGUGUCUCUUCACGCAGCCACGGAUUCUUCUGUGUUGAGGUGAAGAAAAGAUCCAGAGCAGGACGCUACCGAUCCUGGACCGGCAACACUCUGACUAUUGUUGACUUGGCUGGCUCCGAGCGUGCCCGAGAUGCCAAGACACAAGGCGCAACUCUCGCCGAAGCCGGCAAGAUCAACGAGAGUCUGAUGUAUCUCGGUCAAUGUCUCCAGGCACAGAGCGGUAUGGGCAACAGCAGCAAGCCUACUGUCAUGCCAUUCCGGCAAUGUAAGAUGACUGAGCUUCUGUUCUCAAACUCAUUCUCGGCGUCGUCUUCAUCAUCUGCGGGUGUUGUGCCUCGUCGGAAUGCCCAGCGAGGCAUUAUGAUCGUCACUGCCGAUGCACACGGCGACGCCAAUGCGACCUCGCAGAUUCUCAGAUAUAGCGCCCUUGCUAGGGAAGUAACGAUUCCUCGGAUUCCCAGCAUUACAUCGACUAUUCUGGCCGACACACCCUCAUCAGCGCACCCGCCGUCAGGAAUGAGAUCCCCUGAUUUGCCUCCACAGCGCCGAGGAUACUUUGGCCACGGAUCGUCUGGCCAUCGCAACUUCUCUCCAAAUUCAGAUAACGGAGACAGAGUGCUCAUGGAGCAUGCGGCGCUGGAAAUUGCUCGUAUGCAGGAAGAGAUAACCAACCUUCAUGUCGAGCUGGACAACGAACGCGAGAUGAGAGUUACCGCAGAAGCACAUCUGCUCAGCAUGGAAGACAGGCUGCUGGAGCUAGAGCAGACAGUACGCGAGGAUUGCAUGGCUGAGUUUGACGCUCGCUUCGAGUUAGAGCUGGCCCGCUGGAAAGCAACCCUUGCUGCAGAGCAAGAGAAGGGCGAAGAGCACUGGGAUCGUAAAAUGGAGCUUUUCGAAAAGGGGCUUGGCCUAACGAUCGACGACGAGGCCGGCGAGGACAAAGAAAACCUACUCGUCGAGGACCUUGAAGACGAGAACGAAAGACUUCGACGGGAGAACGAGAUCCUGAAGCGGGAGCUCGCGCAAAGAAGCCCGAGCAAGCGGAAGCCACUCCAAGAACGCGAAGACUUUGGUGGCCGCAAAGGCGGCCCCACCGGUGUGAGCAACCUCGGUCGCAAGAUGGAGCAACUACGCGUUAGCAGCGAAAGUACUGGUGGCAGCUCGGGGAGUCCCAAGAAGAUGCGGAAGCUCGCGACGAAGCGAUGGGAGACGGUCGCCGACGAUGAGUUCUAAUUGACUGCUUUGUACCAACC